AUGUCCAGCUUGUUUCCAUCACGUGUCCUUCUUGCCAUCAGAAUUACUGCCUUGGUCAUCGCCACGAGAAAGAUCACAAUUGUGGACAAGCCAGAGGCAGUCCUGCUCUUUCAAAGGCUGCGUAAGCAUACGUUCAGGAAAUCUCCGAGGACGAGGACUUUGGCAAGAGCAUUAGCAGAAUCUAUGGAUGAAGUCUCCAUAAGUCCCGAAGAGCGAGAUAGGAGGUCGGCGGAACAGUUGCAGGCGCAGGAGUAU